AUGUUUAACCACAUCAAGAAGGGAUUUCAAGCCUUAGGGAGAUUUCUAUUCCCGCCAACAAAUCGCGACAAGGGCUGGCUAUCAUGGAAACUCUGUCCUUCAAUAAUUUUGCUCUUUACAAUCUUCGAAAUCGGGCUGAUCGUGAGUAUCGAGGUCCUCCUCCAUCUUUCUCGAAACAAUAAUGGAUUCGUGACUGUCGAUAUUCCCAAUCCCAACUCUGUCUCGAAUGAUUUCUUCAAACGCUCUCACUGGACUCAAUCAUAUCUCUGGACUACUCUGCCCACCUUCGUGAUCACACUUUACCAGCUGUGCUGGACAUCCAUAUUCACAGAGUUCGCCAGCAGACAGCCCUCCGUUGAAAUGGCAAAGACGACAGGUUCAACAGGCAAAAAGACUGUUCUUUUAGAUUAUCUGUCUUAUUUCUCGUUUGUGUCAUGGUUCUAUGCGUUCAAGAACAAGCAUGUUGUGCUUGGAUUCACGAUUCUGGUUUCGUUUCUUGCUAUCGCCCUCCCUUCUCUCAUGAGUAAUCUUUUCAAGCCGGUGGCCAUAUCACACGUCUCGGCCGCAAAUAUGUCAAUCACGACGUUUUUCAACGAGACUGCCGUCAACUCCAAGACCAAUUACCAGACCGUGUUCAACAUUGUCUCAGCAGCUCGCGUCUACAACGCGAAUUUCCCUCCCUGGACAACCGAGGAGUAUGCUUUUCCCAUGUUUGUUCCAACCAGAGAUGGCGGAUUCCCAAGCUCGGGGAAUAGCAGCGUGGAGCUCAUGGCCUACUCUGGGGGUCUGGAUUGCCAGGAGAUGACUACCUAUGACCAGAUCAUCACCAAUGAGAACGUCUUCAUCUUCAACACGACGGAUCGCGGAUGCCCAAUCAGUGUUCACAUUCCUGUCGCUGCGGGUGCCACCGUAUACAUGAAGACCGACUACAUUGGCGACUGCAGCAGCGCCACUGGCCUCCGUCGCCAUGUCUUUGUCGGGGCUGUUCUUGCGCCAAAUUCUUCCUCAUCCGCGGCGCAAACGUUGACGAAUAUUAGUUUCAUUUCAUGCACAAUGAACUACUUUCAAACCCGCGGAGUUCUUCUGGUCAGCACAACGACGAAGAACGAAACGGCACCAUCCAUCGUAUCCUUUGAACCAAGUGAUGACCCCCAAGCAUGGCUCCCUGAUUUCUGGAGUGGCCUCGAGUUCAUGAUCCAUCAGAUUGACCAAUUCGAUCCCACGGGGACCUAUGCCUCUAAUAAUUUGGGCCUGUUGAUCCUCGCUUAUUCGGAACGUGUGGUGGGAUUAUCCCACCGUCUGGACACCAAUGCAUUGAUCCGCGCUAUCCAGGACGUGUAUGCAUCCAUCCUUUCUGUGUCCGGAUCGAUCUACCUCUUGCAGCCAUUGGAAACUCCCGGUGAUCCCGUCGCUGGUCAAAUCUAUACGUUCAUCAACCGUCUCUUCGUCGCGAACAGCACAGCACGCCUGAUGCAAGGAUUGUUGUCCGCUCUGACCGUGUGGACGGUCCUCGUUAUGGUAUAUUCCUUUGCUAAACGCUCGAUUCUGAGAGAAGAGCCCAAAGGCCUUCUCGGCGCAGCGGAGGUCGUGUAUGGCGGUGAUCUGGGGUCGAUUGUCGCCGAAUACCGGAAUGAUGAGGAGGAGCUGAAGGAGACUUUUGAGGAGUUUGUCAAGAGCCAUGGCUACGAGGAUAGAGUGUUUAGGGUAUCUGUUGACGAAGGUCAGAGGCCGAUCAUUAGGCUCGUUGAUCUCGUUGAUUAA